AUGUCAUCAUUAGAAACAAUUACAUUUGUAACAGGUAACGAAAACAAACUAAAAGAAGUAAUAGCAAUAUUAUCAACCUCACCACAAAAUGAAAACAAGAUAGGUAAAUUUACAAUCACAAAUAAAUCACUACAUCUUGAUGAAAUUCAAGGAACUAUAGAAGAAGUAACAAGACAUAAAGCUUUAUCAGCUGCAAAAGAAAUAGGUGGUCCAGUAUUAGUAGAAGAUACGUGUUUAGGAUUUACUGCUUAUAACGAUUUACCGGGCCCGUAUAUCAAAUGGUUCGUUAAAUCAAUUGGAUUAGUAGGAUUAGUUAAAAUGUUACAAGGUUUUGAAGAUAAAAGUGCUAAUGCUAUAUGUACUUUUGGAUAUUGUGAAGGUCCAGGAAAAGAAGUAAAGAUUUUCCAAGGUAGAACAGAAGGUGAAAUUGUACCUAGUAGAGGACCAACUAAUUUUGGUUGGGAUUCUGUUUUUCAACCAAAAGGAUUUUCAGAGACGUAUGCUGAAAUGGAUAAAAAAAUUAAAAACACUAUAAGUCAUAGAUUUAGAGCUUUAGAUAAAGUAAGAGAUUAUUUAUUGAGUCAAUAA